AUAAUAUCCAACAUAAGCCCAGGUUAUAGAUUAUUCUACCCUAGAAGCCACGGUAUAAGCUUCCAUUCGCAGUGUUCCGCAGUCGCACUGAGUUCGGCAUUUGCCUCCGAUUUCGGGUCGUCGUUCUUCAAUUUGUAUAGGUAUGGCUUCACUUUAUUUGAUUCCAACUCCUAACAUCUGAUAGUAUAUAAGAAGAAUGUCACAUUAGCCGUUUCAAAUAUUAUUCAUAUUACCGGAUCUGUGCCUUUGUAACAAUUAUCAGGAGUGUCACGCCGCCGCCGCAGCCAUGGGUCGUAUGCACAGUCGCGGUAAGGGUAUCUCAGCUCCAUGCCCCCCUUACAAGAGAACUCCUCCAGCUUGGCUCAAGGUCUCCGCGCAAGAAGUGGAAGAGAGCAUAUGCAAGUUUGCAAAAAAAGGUACAACACCUUCACAGAUCGGUGUUCUUCUGAGAGAUUCACAUGGAAUUGCUCAAGUGAAGAGUGUCACAGGAAGCAAAAUUCUCCGCAUCCUCAAGGCACAUGGACUGGCUCCCGCGAUACCAGAGGAUCUGUACCAUUUGAUUAAGAAGGCAGUUGCAAUCAGGAAGCAUUUAGAGAGGAAUAGGAAGGACAAAGACUCCAAGUUCCGUCUGAUUCUUGUUGAGAGCAGGAUUCAUCGCCUUGCGCGCUACUACAAGAAGACCAAGAAACUCCCCCCUGUUUGGAAAUAUGAGUCUACAACUGCCAGCACCUUGGUGGCUUAAACUGAAGUGGGCUUUAGGUUCUCAAACGAUUAGAAGGAACCGGAGCAACUGUAGUUUACUUAAGUCAAUGUUCAUUUACAAUUUGUUAUUUUGACAAGCAUCUUUUUUCAGUUUGUCCUGUUUUUGGAUUAUUAAGAGAUUUUUGUUAGACAAACUACAAAGGAGCCAAAUUUAAUUCUGAUAUAUGAAUGCAUAUUUACAUGUUUUUUGUGUUUGAUCUGUUUUUUUAAGCAUCUGUGAGUACACAAUCUCUCCAUAGUUCUAUCACUUUAAUCAUUUCAGGGUUCCAUAGUUGGAAUUCCAUAUAGCUGAGUUGAAAUACAA